AUGGAGAGACUAGGGAUACUAGUCGUCCUCCGUGGGGGGCGCUUCCGUUUCCAUGGCUCGGGUCUCAAACGGUGUUUUGGCCCCUUCGUCAGGAAUCCCUCUAGUCUCUAUAUAUUCCGUGCUAAGACGACAGCAUCAACCCCCGUCGCUCCCGGCCCGCGCAUACUAGAUGCCAAGGCCAUGUCAGAUCCGCACUCGGCUCAGGAUGGGCCCUUAACCAAAGGUUCCCCCUCUGCCGGGACAGCAUCAACUCUUGAUGGGAAUGAAUGGAUGCAGAAACUGGCUAAACUAUGUGGCCCCAGCGCUACCCUGCGCAACGUUGGAACUCCAAUGGCUGAAAUAGAGUCUAUGUUUGACUCUGUUUUCCCGCGAAACCCAGUCGAAACCAUUCGGGAUUUGCAGUCCGCUCAGUCCGUCAACACGGUCCAGCUAUACGGCAGCAAUGAGGACAUACUGGAUGCAUACUACAUUUUCAUACAUUCAUACUAUCCCAUCCUUCCUCCGCCUGAUCGUUUGCCUGUUACCCACAAUCCAGUUAGGGUGGACCAUCCGGAUGAGUUCAGGCCGGCAAGUCCACUCGCGCUAGCCAUCUCAGCGAUGGUGGCGCUGGUUCCCCACAAAGAUGUGAAAUAUCCUGCCAGACCAGAAUAUGUCAGCAUCCGAAGAGAGGUUUCACUGCGAUUUGCCAAAGCCGCAUAUGCGGUGAUUGCUCGGGAUUACCAGCCGCUACGGGCCCCUGGUCGGUUCGAAGGCUCUUUGCGCGAUUCUAUCGGUCGGCCACCGUUUCACUCCAAACUCCCUGUGUGCCUGGAAGGAGUUAUUGCACUAUCUAUCCUGUGCUUCUAUGAAUAUGGCCAGCAAGGGAAUCUCGAUAACUCGGCAAGGUUAGCGAAUGAGGCUUUGGAAAUGGCCUUCAUGCUAGGACUGCAUGAGUCUCUGGAGGAGAAUGAGUAUGCCUUGGCCCGGCGCAGGUCAUGGUGGUUUGUGUAUAUGGCCGCAAGCCAUAUGGCAACGGUGACUGGCAUGCCGGCCUCGUUUGAUGUGUACGAUCCUUCAUUUGUGACCCCAUAUCCAAAAGACUGGAGGCUCCGUGUUGAAGCCCAACAAACUUUAUAUGAAGCUGGUAUUUUUGCCGUUGAGCUUGACGAGACUAUACGGCGCCGAGAGGAUGUGUCAUGGAUUCAAAAGCGGAUGUCCGAGCUCGAUAAUCAGAUUACCUCACUGCUAUUUGAGUGCCGAGAUAAACUGUCAGCAACCCAGGGCCCACAGCCAAACUGUGUCGAAUCGGUGGCCGCAAGCGCUUUGAGAUCGUAUGCUGAGAUUAAAUUGCACAGUGCUCGGAUCAAAUUGCACCGAUAUUGUGCCUUUCAAGAUGUGCCCAUGUUCUCUGAACAGCCUGGUCCGCAUCCAGGCUUGUGUGCCAACAAAAGCAUAGACGAAGGUCGAGCAUCCAGUGAUACGACCUUGCUGCAGCGUCCCGCUUCGAUGCAACAAUUUGGCAUCCAGUUCCCCUUCUCAUCGCACACAUCCUCAGUGAUCUGUGUCCAUGCAGCCAUAAACGUUGUAACUUUGUUGGACAGUCUUCCAUUUCCUAACCCAACUAAUGAUGACUCUCCGACCAAUUUACCGUACAUAUUCCAGAACUAUGAGGUUCCCCGGGCCAUGCCCACUUUGAUCUGUUGCGCCAUGCAGGCGGGCUAUACGAUGCUGACUCUGAGUUGCAAAACAAGGCCUUUCGUUACAAAGGUGCCGGAUUCGAAUGCAGGUGACUUUCCAUUAGCAGGACUGAGGAACGAGCUGGAACAGAGCCUACGAGUAGUAGCGAAGUUCCUGGCGAAUCAUGCAAUUGCCUUUGAGGCAAUCCAAGGAAUGCGUGACGAGAUGGUGGAAGCAAUAGAACGUGAAUUCGGCAAGCCUUGA